AUGGACGUGGACGUGGACGUGGACGUGACGUGGACGUGGACGUGGACGUGGACGUGGACGUGGACGUGGACGUGGACGUGGACGUGGACGUGGACAUGGACGUGGACGUGGACGUGGACGUGGACGUGGACGUGGACGUGGACGUGGACGUGGACGUGGACGUGGACGUGGACGUGGACAUGGACGUGGACGUGGACGUGGACGUGGACGUGGACGUGGACGUGGACGUGGACGUGGACGUGGAUGGACGUGGACGUGGACGUGGACGUGACAUGGACGGACGUGGACGUGGACGUGGACAUGGACGUGGACGUGGACGUGGACGUGGACGUGGACAUGGACGUGGACGUGGACGUGGACGUGGACGUGGACGUGGACAUGGACGUGGACGUGGACGUGGACGUGGACGUGGACGUGGACGUGGACAUGGAUGGACGUGGACGUGGACAUGGACGUGGACGUGGACGUGGACGUGGACGUGGACGUGGACGUGGACGUGGACGUGGACGUGGACGUGGACAUGGACGUGGACGUGGACAUGGACGUGACAUGGACGUGGACGUGGACGUGGACGUGGACGUGGACGUGGACAUGGACGUGGACGUGGACAUGGACGUGGACGUGGACAUGGACGUGGACGUGGACGUGGACGUGGACGUGGACGUGGACGUGGACGUGGACGUGGACAUGGACGUGGACGUGGACGUGGACGUGGACGUGGACGUGGACGUGGACGUGGACGUGGACGUGGACAUGGACGUGGACGUGGACGUGGACGUGGAAUGGACGUGGACGUGGACGUGGACGUGGACGUGGACGUGGACGUGGACAUGGACGUGGACGUGGACGUGGACGUGGACGUGGACAUGGACGUGGACGUGGACUGGACGUGGACGUGGAUGGACGUGGACGUGGACGUGGACGUGGUGCGUGGACGUGGACGUGGACGUGGACAUGGACGUGCAUGGACGUGGACGUGGACGUGGACGUGGACGUGGACGUGGACGUGGACGGACUGGACGUGGACGUGGACAUGGACGUGGACGUGGACGUGGACGUGGACAUGGACGUGGACGUGGACGUGGACGUGGACGUGGACGUGGACGUGGACGUGGACGUGGACGUGGACAUGGACGUGGACGUGGACGUGGACAUGGACGUGGACGUGGACGUGGACGUGGACAUGGACGUGGACGUGGACGUGGACGUGGACGUGGACGUGGAUGGACGUGGACGUGGACGUGGACAUGGACGUGGACUGGACGUGGACAUGGACGUGGACGUGGACAUGGACGUGGACGUGGAAUGGACGUGGACGUGGACGUGGACGUGGACAUGGACGUGGACGUGGACGUGGACGUGGACGUGGACAUGGACGUGGACGUGGACGUGGACGUGGACGUGGACGUGGACGUGGACGUGGACGUGGACGUGGACGUGGACGUGGACAUGGACGUGGACGUGGACGUGGAAAUGGACGUGGACGUGGACGUGGACGUGGACAUGGACGUGGACGUGGACAUGGACGUGGACGUGGACGUGGACGUGGACGUGGACGUGGACGUGGACAUGGACGUGGACGUGGACGUGGACGUGGACGUGGACAUGGACGUGGACGUGGACGUGGACGUGGACAUGGACGUGGACGUGGACGUGGACGUGGACGUGGACGUGGACAUGGACGUGGACGUGGACAUGGACGUGGACGUGACGUGGACGUGGACGUGGACAUGGACGGGACGUGGACUGGACAUGGACGUGGACAUGACGUGGACGUGGACGUGGACGUGGACGUGGACGUGGACGUGUGACAUGGACGUGGACGUGGACGUGGACAUGGACGUGGACGUGGACGUGGACGUGGACGUGGACAUGGACGUGGACAUGGACGUGGACAUGGACGUGGACGUGGACGUGACGUGGACGUGGACGUGGACAUGA